AUGACGACCAACAAGCUGCGGGUGGUUGUUAUAGGCGGCGGCAUAGCAGGUCUCUCCGCCGCCGCCGUCCUCCGCCAAAAACACGACGUAACAGUCUACGACCGCGACGAACCGACAGCAUCCUCCGCGUCCACCCCCGAGCGUGGUGCCGGCAUCGGCCUAGGUCCCAACGGCACAAAAAUGCUGAAAAAGGCCUUUCAAUUCAGCCCCGAGAACGUUAAAGCCACCGUGUGCGCCGGCUCGAGGACGUACGAUAAGCAGGGGAAUCUGUUACGGGAAAUAACGGGCGUGUCGGAGCCGUUUGGAGGCGAGUGGCUGCUAAUGCACCGCGGCGACCUGCGGGACGAGCUGUUGCGGCUCGCAACGGGGGACGCGGCCAAGCUGGGAAUUUCAGGAUCGCCCGCUACGGUUGUGGAUGGGUCUCAGGUUGUUGGUGUUGAUGUUGAGGAGGGGAAGGUAAAGUUGAAGAAUGGGGAGGAUGUUACGGCUGAUGUGAUUGUUGGCGCAGACGGAAUCCACUCUCUCGUCCGACAGGCUGUCGUCGGCGGGCCGUCUCACAUGGUAUCACCGGGUGCCUCACUCUACCGCUUCACGUUCCCGCUCGAGGGGGCGCGGGAUAUCCUGGGAGGGUACCCGGCCGCGAUCGACCCCGCCGACAGCGGCUUCCUCAACUUGAUGACGGCCGACGACGAGACGCACCGCAACAUCAUCUUUUACCCCUGCCGAGACAGAACUCUGCUCAAUGUGGUGGCUAGGAUCCCCGACGCCAUGCUCUCGGUGGAGAGCAUCACGUCCUGGGAUGCCGAGGGGAGCGCGGAAGAGAUGCUGGAUCACUUUUUCGACUUUGCGCCGUGGAUGCUGGAGAUCAUGAACAUCCACCUCUACAAAGUCAAAGACGCAGACCCGCUCCCAACCUACACCCGCGGCCGCGCCGUCCUCGUCGGCGACGCAGCGCACCCGAUGACGCCGUUCCAAGGCCAGGGCGCGACGCAGGCCAUCGAGGACGCCGAAGGUCUGCGACUGCUCCUCCACGAUGGGGUCAGCGCCGACAACCCGGAGAGCAUCGCGUCGGCGCUGCGGACGUGGGACUCGGUGCGCAGGCCGCGCGCGUCGCAGGUGCAGCAGAACUCGAGGCACGUGACGGAUAUGUCGGCGCAGGCGCAGCUGGAUCGGAUGAGGUUGAAUUGGACUUAUAACGGGAUCCAUGCGGCGUUAAGGAAUCGGUAG